UCCAGCUGUCCCUCAGUCGGUCGGAACCACGGGAGAAUCACCGGAAAGGGUUUUGGUGAUAAAACAGCAUAUUUUGGAAGGAGAUACCACAUUAUAUGGUUACAUAAACACGCAACGAGCUACUUUAUCCGGUAUUUCACGAUGGAAACUGAACUAUGAGGUGUUGUGUACUGCAGAAGACUGAGUGAACCAUGGCACAGUUCCCCACCACAUUCACAGGUCCAGAUGUGUUUCUGAUCUCGGUGGAUGAGAGAGCCAAACAUGAUCAGCAGUUUCUCAGCCUCUCUCCAACUGCCGGGGGUUACAUCACAGGCGACCAAGCCAGGAACUUCUUCCUUCAAUCAGGGCUGCCCCCUCCCAUCCUAGCCCAAAUCUGGGCUCUGGCUGAUAUGAACAGCGAUGGUCGUAUGGACAUUCACGAGUUCUCCAUCGCCAUGAAACUCAUCAAAUUGAAACUCCAGGGUCACCCUCUGCCCCCCGCGCUCCCUCCCAGUAUGAAACAACCCCCACUGACUUUACCCCCACAGGGUGGCUUUGGCAUGCCCCCCAUGCCCCCCAUCGCAGCUCCUCUGCCAGGCGUGCCUCCGCUCCCCCUGCCACCUCUCCCUGUCGGAGUGUCUCCUCCACUCGUCUCAUCCGCCCCUCCUCCUCUACCCCCGCCCAUCGCCAACGGAGCUCCCCCCACAGGCAUAAUGCAGCCCAUCUCAGGCUUCUCCCACCCAGCUCCCUCUGUCAACAAGUCCUCUUCAUUUAAUCGUUCCAGUGCAAAGUUGCAGAAGGGGUCGUCCUUGGACGCUGCUAGUGCUCAGCCCCCCCCUGAUUGGGCCGUUCCUCAGUCCUCCAGGCUGAAGUACAGACAGCUUUUUAACUCCCAUGACAAGAUGAUGAGUGGACACCUCACAGGUCCCCAGGCUCGCACUAUCCUGAUGCAGUCCAGUCUUCCUCAGGGCCAGCUGGCCACAAUAUGGAGUUUAUCAGAUAUUGACCAGGAUGGAAAGCUGACCGCCGAGGAGUUUAUCUUAGCCAUGCACCUCAUAGAUAUGGCUAUGUCAGGGUUACCGCUACCCCCUGUGUUACCACCAGAUUACCUCCCGCCCACAUUCAGGCGUGUGCGAAGUGACAGUGUUCAGUCGGACCAGAAGAGCGUGCAGGAGGAGGCAGAGGAGGAGGCGGAGUGCAGCCAGGACAAGAAACUACCAGUGACAUUUGAGGAUAAGAAAAGGGAGAACUUUGAGCGAGGAAACCUGGAGUUGGAGAAGAGACGUCAGGCUCUGCAGGAGCAGCAGAGGAAAGAGCAGGAGAGACUGGCUGCGCUGGAAAGAGAGGAACAGGAGAGAAAGGAGCGUGAGCGUCUGGAGCAGGAGAGGAGACGACAACACGAACUAGAAAAACAACUGGAGAGACAGAGAGAGCUGGAGAGGCAGAGGGAAGAGGAAAGGCGCAAAGAGAUAGAGAGGAGAGAGGCUGCUAAGCGAGAAUUAGAGCGUCAGCGUCAGCUGGAGUGGGAGCGUCAACGUCGCCAGGAGCUUCUGACUCAAAGAAACAGAGAGCAGGAGAGUAUAGUGCUGCUCAAAGCCAGGAAGAAGACCCUGGAGUUUGAACUGGAGGCUUUGAAUGAUAAGAAGACACAGUUGGAGGGCAAACUGAAGGAUGUUCGGUUUCGUCUGUCAGCUCAGCGGAGAGAAGUGGAGCAGACCAACCAGACGAGAGAAACACGCAUUGCUGAAAUCACCCUGCUACAACAGCAGCUGCAGGACUCGCAGCAGUGGUUGGGGAGGCUAAUUCCUGAUAAACAAAGUCUCAAUGACCAGCUGAAACAGGUUCAACAGAACAGUCUACAUCGUGACAGCCUGUCGUCCCUGCAGAAGGCUGUGGAGCAAAAGGAGACCAGCAGACAGCAGCUCAGAGAACAGCUAGAUGCUGUGGAGAGAGAGACGAGGGCCAAACUUCUGGAAAUAGACGCUUUCAACACCCAGCUGAAGGAACUGAGGGAGAUCCACAGUCGGCAGCAGAGGCAGAAACAGAAGGAGCUGGAAGGAGACAUACAGACACUGACACACACACACCCUCACAUACACACCCCGAUUGAGAGGAAGUCUGCUGAACUGCAGGACAGCAGGUUGUCAUCAGAGGAGGGCGUGGCCUGGAAGGAUGAAGCAGUGAGCUCUGCCCCCAACGCUCCCAGCCCCCCCUCCAUCUCUGCACCCCAUGCCUGGCUAAACAGAGUGACUCAGGAAGAGGAGGACAGGAAGAGGAGAGGGCUGGAGGAUGAGGAGGAAGAGGGCAAGAAGGGAGCAGGAAUAGCAGAAGAGAAGGAGGAUGAGGGGAGAGGCAAGAAGGACAUGCAGGAGAAACUGAACAAGCUGUUCAGCCAGCCGACCGACCCCUGGGCCUCAACGGUAGAGAAGGCUCCAGUCCCCAGUCUGUUUGACCAGAAAGCACCAGUCAGCAGCUUCGACCAGCAGCAGCAGCAGCCAGUGAAGGUGGUCUACUACAGGGCUCUAUAUCCAUUUGAUGCUCGCAGCCAUGAUGAGAUCAGUAUCGCCCCCGGAGACGUAAUCAUGGUGAAGGGGGAAUGGGUGGAUGAGUCCCAAACAGGUGAACCCGGCUGGCUGGGAGGAGAGCUCAGGGGUCGCACUGGUUGGUUUCCAGCCAAUUACGCAGAACGGAUACCCGACAGCGAAGCACCGAUCAGCCUGCGCGCAACAGCCUCAGCCACACCCACCUCAGCCCAGCAGCCAAUGACCACGCCUCCCCCAGCACCUGGACACACCUCCUCCUCCACGUCCUCCGCCAACAGUAACUGGGCUGACUUCAGCACUAAUUGGCCCUCCAACACAGCCAGUCAGUCAGACAGCGAAGGAUGGGACGCAUGGCCAACCUCUUCAACCAGUCAAAAUCCUUCACUCAGUGUUCCCUCAGCACAGCUACGACAACGCUCUGCCUUCACACCUGCGACCAUGACGACGGGGUCCUCUCCUUCUCCCGUGCUAGGACAGGGGGAGAAGGUCGAGGGUCUGCAGGCUCAGGCCUUGUAUCCAUGGAGAGCGAAGAAGGACAACCACCUCAACUUUAACAAAAAUGAGAUAAUAACAGUGUUGGAGCAGCAGGACAUGUGGUGGUUAGGUGAACUGCAGACCGGACAGAGAGGCUGGUUCCCCAAAAGUUACGUCAAGCUCAUCUCUGCCACCAUGACACCCCCACCUGGUGCCACAGCACGCAGCAAAAACACUAGUGAAUCUGGAGUAUCAGAAAGUCCACCCAAUGGAAAACGUCCCUCCCCUUCCCCAACAAAACCCUCUGAGUCUGGAGAAGAGUACGUGGCCAUGUACACCUACGAGAGCAGUGAACAGGGUGACCUGAGUUUCCAGCAAGGAGAUAUCGUCAUGGUGACCAGGAAAGAAGGGGACUGGUGGACGGGCAUGGUCGGAGGCAAGACUGGAGUCUUCCCUUCCAAUUAUGUCAAACCACGAGACUCAGCCUCAGAGUCUUUGGGACCAGCGGGGAAGACGGGCAGUCUGGGAAAGAAACCAGAGAUCGCUCAGGUGAUCGCCCCCUACAGUGCCACAGGAGCAGAGCAGCUGACGUUAGCUCCAGGACAGCUCAUCCUCAUUAGAAAAAAGAAUCCCGGGGGCUGGUGGGAGGGUGAGCUCCAGGCCCGGGGGAAAAAGCGCCAGAUAGGUUGGUUUCCAGCCAACUAUGUGAAGCUGCUCAGUCCCAGCACCAGCAAGACAACGCCCACAGAGCCCACCCCUCCCAAACUGGCUCCUGCCAGCACAGCUGUGUGUCAGGUGAUUGGCAUGUACGACUAUGUGGCCCAGAACGACGACGAGCUGGCCUUCCUGAAGGGUCAGGUGAUCACGGUGCUCAACAAGGACGACUGUGAUUGGUGGAAGGGAGAGCUCAAUGGGAGAGAGGGUCUGUUUCCCAGCAACUACGUCAAACUCACCACGGAUACAGACCCGAGCACGCAGUGGUGCGCUGACCUCCACCUGCUGGACAUGCUGAGUCCCAUGGAGAGGAAGAGGCAGGGAUACAUCCACGAGCUGAUCGUCACCGAGGAGAACUACGUCAACGAUCUGCAGCUCGUCACAGAGAUCUUCCACAAACCUCUGUUGGAGUGCGAGCUGCUGACGGAGAAAGAGGUGGCCAUGAUCUUUGUCAACUGGAAGGAGCUCAUCAUGUGCAACAUCAAGCUGCUCAAGGCUCUGAGGGUGAGGAAGAAGAUGUCAGGCGAUCGGAUGCCGGUGAAGAUGAUUGGUGACAUCCUGACCAACCAGCUGCCUCACAUGCAGCCAUACAUCAGGUCUGGGGCCCAUUUACCCAACUGGGUGAACGUUGAUGUGUCGGAUAUGCUACGAAGUGAUGACGAUGGGAAUCCAUGA